AUGAGCAACACAGGAACAGUGGAGAGCAGUAAACCUCCAAAGAUUGGCUCCAUUGUAGAGGUGACUGGUAAAGGGCAACGAGGCACAGUUGCCUACAUUGGAGCCACCCUCUUUGCUUCAGGUAAAUGGGUUGGUGUCAUUCUGGAUGAGCCUAAAGGCAAGAAUGAUGGAACUGUGCAAGGGAAGCGCUACUUCACCUGUGAGGAAAAUCAUGGAAUAUUUGUCAGACAGUCCCAGAUCCAGGUGGUUGAGGAUGGCUCCAGUGCCACUUCACCAGAUACUCCAGAAUCUAACCUGGCAAAGAUACUCAAACAAAAAGAGAUCCCAGAGACUCCCAAAACAACCAAGCAGGCGUCUCGUGAGAGUCUGUCCUCCUCUCUGUCUGGGGAUGUCAGUGAAGUGAGCCUCACCUCCCAGCAGGGUGCGCUCGGGGCCCCUGUCGUGCCUCAGCCCGGUGGGUCACCUCUAGUCGCUGCUGCUUCGGUCCCACUUACUCCCAGCAAGGUGGAACCUGUUAUUUCCAAGCAGGAAGAGGAGUCGCUGCGAGGUCAAGUCAAGGACCUGGAGGAAAAGCUGGAGACCCUGAAGAUGAAACGAACAGAAGACAAGGCCAAGCUGAAGGAACUGGAGAAGCACAAGAUCCAGCUGGAGCAGCUGCAGGAGUGGAAGACCAAGAUGCAGGAGCAGCAGGCCGAGCUGCAGAAACAGCUCAAAGAAGCCAAGAAGGAAGCCCGGGAGGCGCAGGAAGCAAAGGACCGCUACAUGGAAGAGAUGUCAGACACAGCAGAUGCCAUAGAGAUGGCCACCCUGGACAAAGAGAUGGCAGAGGAGCGAGCAGAGUCACUGCAAGUUGAGGUGGACACGCUGAAAGAGAAAGUAGAGGAGCUGUCUAUGGAUUUGGAGAUCCUCAGACAUGAGAUUUCAGAAAAAGGUUCAGAUGGGGCUGCCUCUAGUUACCAAGUCAAACAGCUGGAGGAGCAGAACAGCAGACUGAAGGAGGCUCUAGUACGGAUGCGCGAUCUGUCUGCCUCAGAGAAGCAAGAACAUGUGAAGUUACAGAAGCAGAUGGAGAAGAAGAACAUCGAGCUGGAUACACUGAGGACUCAGAAAGAAAAACUGCAGGAGGAGGUCAAGCAAGCAGAGGCCACAAUUGAUGAACUUAAGGAGCAGGUGGAUGCUGCCCUGGGGUCAGAAGAGAUGGUGGAAACCCUCACUGAGAGGAACCUUGAUCUGGAGGAGAAAGUCAGGGAGCUGAGAGAAACUGUCACUGAUCUGGAAGCCAUCAAUGAGAUGAAUGAUGAGCUCCAGGAGAACGCCAGAGAGACAGAAAUGGAACUGAGGGAGCAGUUGGACAUGGGUACAGCAAAAGUUAGAGAGGCAGAAAAAAAGGUAGAAGCUGCUCAGGAGACUGUAGCUGAUUACCAGCAGACCAUCAACAAGUACAGAGAGCUUACUGCCUCUCUCCAGGAGGCCAACAGGGAGCUGAUCAGUCAGCAGAGUGCAAAUACUGAACAAGUUCAGCAAGCGCCCACAGAACUGUUUGACUUUAAGAUCAAGUUUGCAGAGACCAAGGCUUAUGCCAAGGCUAUUGAGAUGGAGCUGAGGAAAAUGGAAGUGGCUCAAGCUAACAGACAGGUGUCCCUCCUCACCUCCUUCAUGCCAGAUUCCUUCCUUCGUCACGGUGGCGAUCACGACUGUAUUCUGGUGCUGCUGCUCAUUCCAAGGCUCAUCUGCAAGGCUGAGCUGAUCAGUAAACAGGCCCAGGAGAAAUUUGACUUGAACGGGAAUCUGGUCCAGGGAACCGGGCUCAGAGGACCUCCAGGAGAACAGCGUAGUUUUGCAUCAGGACUAGUGUACUCCCUCAGCCUGCUGCAGGCCACCCUGCACAAAUACGAGCAGGCUCUAAGUACCUGUACUGUGGACGUUUUUAAGCGCAUGGGCACACUUUACUCCGAGAUGAACUUUCAUGAGCGCUCACUGGACUAUUUCAUUGACCUACUCCAUAAAGACCAACUAGAUGAGACUGUACAGGUGGAACCCCUGACAAAAGCCAUCAAAUACUAUCAGCAACUGUACAGCGUCCAUCUGGCAGAUCAAACGGAGGACUGCACAGUGCAGCUGGCUGAUCAUAUUAAGUUCACCCAGAGUGCCCUGGACUGUAUGGGAGUGGAGGUAGCCCGUCUGCGGGCCUUCCUGGCAGCAGGACAGGAGAGUUCUGGUCUCGCCGUUCUUCUGAAGGACCUCGACACUUCCUGCUCUGACAUAAAACAGUUCUGUAAGAAGAUCCGCCGUCGCAUGCCAGGAACAGAUGUAGCAGGAGUCCCGGCUGCUGUCGGUUUUGGACCACAGGUGUCCGAGACUCUGACUGAAUGCAGACGACAGCUGACACGGGUAGUUGCAGUCCUCCAGGAAGUGGCUGCAGCUGGAGCUCAAAUGGUAGCUCCAAUGGGAGAACAGGAGGGCCUCAACGCUCUCAAACUUGAGGACAUUGCGUGCAAGGCUGUGGAGCAGGUAUAUGGCUCCCAUGGUGUGGAUGGGCCAGAGUUUCUGAGACAGUCCUGCAGCUCUGUCAUUGCAACCAUGAACAAAAUGGCCACAGCCAUGCAGGAAGGAGAGUAUGAUUCUGAGAAACCACAAGGAAAGGCUCCACCUGUUGAGAUAAGAGCAUCCACUGUCAGGGCUGAGAUGACUGACGCAGAGGGACUAGGAGUCAAACUAGAAGACAGAGAAACUGUCAUCAAGGAGCUCAAGAAGUCCCUCAAGAUUAAGGGAGAGGAGCUGAGUGAGGCGCAUGUCCGCCUGAGCCUCUUGGAGAAGAAGCUCGACACGUCCACCAAAGAUGCUGAUGAACGAGUGGAAAAAAUUCAGACUAAACUGGACGAGAACCUUGCUCUCCUUAAGAAGAAAGAAAAGGAGUUUGAGGAGACAAUGGAUGCCCUGCAGGCUGAUAUUGAUCAGUUGGAGGCUGAGAAAGCAGAGCUGAAACAACGCAUUACUAACCAGUCAAAGAUGACCAUCGAAGGCCUGAGAGGCUCGCCAGCUGCAGGAAUUGCCUCCAUCGUUCAUGGAUCAGCAGGAGGUGUGCCUCCUUCGAUGGCCGGAUCAAUGCAGGUGGUCGACUCGCCUCUCCUUAAGCAGCAGGUUGAGGCUCAGAGACUGGGCAUCAAGUACCUCAAGAAUGAGAACAACAGGCUGAAGGCUGAGAAGAUGAGGGCACAGCUCGCCUCCCUGCCUCCUCUCUGCCCCCCAAAGCUCCCACAGGUUUCCAAAGAAAGCUCCAUUCCUCCAGAGGGGUUGAACACAGGCAUCUAUCGCAGGACUGACCAGCUGCUGGCCACCCUGCUCAAGCUCAGCGCAGAGGUUAAAGUGGUCGAUAUUACAGGGAAGACAACAGUCAGUGCCAGUGCUCAGCUGCUGGAGCAAACCGCUCGACUGAAGAAUCUCAGUGAUGCUCUGGACAAACUUAAGGGGGAGGUGGCUGAACAUGUGGUUUAUCAUCAGCCUGGAGCAAAGGCUCCCUCUGACUUUGCCACAUUUCCGGUGUCCUCCUUUGUUAAGGCCAAGGAAGCAAAGCAGGGUGGCACAGUGUUUGUAGGCCGUGUUGCCAUUCCGUGCACUCGCGGCCAAGAACAAGUUCACCGCCUCGUCCUCUCACAGCAGCAGCUGCAGAAAGUGCACCAUCUUCUCAUGGUCUAA